GACACACACCGGCCAAUAGGAUCGCAGGAGUGUGGCACCAUCAGAGGAAGAGCCCUGAAACUCGUCAUGUCGCGCUUUAUCGCUUGUUUUGUUUCUUUUCAUCAAAUCGGGAUGUCGGGUUAUUGAAGCUCGAUGUGUUCACGAGCAGCCUCAGGACGGACAGGAGCACAUGACCGACUGACCGCCAGCCGCUGAGACCGAACACAAUUUUGAACAAUGAAUUUUCUGAGGCAGUAAAGGAAGACGACCCGAAGCACCAUGUCAUCCAAAUCAUCUCUUCUCAAAGUCAUUCUCCUGGGCGACGGCGGAGUGGGGAAGAGCUCGCUCAUGAACCGAUACGUCACCAACAAGUUCGACGCGCACCUCUUCCACACCAUCGGCGUGGAGUUCCUCAACAAAGACCUGGAGGUGGACGGCCGUACGGUCACCCUGCAGAUCUGGGACACGGCGGGUCAGGAGAGGUUCCGCAGCCUCCGGACGCCCUUCUAGCGCGGCUCCGACUGCUGCCUGCUGACCUUCAGCGUGGACGACAGCCAGAGCUUCCGCAACCUCAACAACUGGAAGAAGGAGUUCAUCUUCUACGCCGACGUCAAGGAGCCCGACAGCUUCCCCUUCGUGGUCCUGGGAAACAAGGUGGACGUGACGGAGCGGCAGGUGAGCGGCGAGGAAGCCCAGGAGUGGUGCAGGGAAAGCGGAGGGUACCCUUACUUCGAGACGAGCGCCAAAGACGCCACCAACGUCGCCGUGGCCUUCGAGGAAGCCGUCCGAAGGGUUCUGGCGCUGGAGGACCGGCACGAGCAUCUGAUCCCGACGGACACCGUUAACCUGCACAGAAAGCCUCGCGGCAGCACGGCGUGCUGUUAACAGACCGCUUUCACCUCCGUUAGCCGUUUAAAGCUUCCAACAUGCACUUACUGGGAUAUAUAUAUAUAUCUAUAUGCACUUACUCUAAACACUGGGUUGCUUUCAUCGGGUGACGCUCUCGGACAUGAUUCCGCGCAUUUAGGUGUCUUUUCUAAAUACAUGUAUAUCUGGGAUUUGAGCAGGCUAUCGCGUAGAUGGACGGAUUUCGUUCGUUCUCGCACGGCAGUCAAGCGGCGAUAAAUGCACCGCGAACACGGCUGGCUUCUUCCGCUGAACGUCCUCGGAACGACAGGCGUUUGCUCGAGUCGAGGAUCUCCGCAGCUUUCGGGACGCAAACGCUCGCUUUCUAACAUUUCCAAGGGGUUUCGUUUUGGUUUAGAAUUAUUAUGUUUUUUCGACGCUUAAGCGAGCGCUUCUUGUUUUGAGGACGCUCGUGUAUUUAUUAUCGGAAAACAAGAUUGCUGAUUUUUCUUGCCGUGUGCGUUUAAUGUGAUUUUCUGUUCUUAUAACCAUGAUUAACUUAUGCAGGACAGGUCUUCAUACACUGUGGCUGAUUUCUAUAUAUAUAUAUAUAUAUAUAAUUAUAUAGAUUAUGUAGAGGGUGCCAAAUAUAUACACAGUACUACAGAUAUGGAUGAGGUGAAGCGUUUAAGCACGCACUUUGAAAAGAAGCACUAAAAUCUCUAUUGUACGUUGUUAAAUUGAAAUUAAAGAAGUAUUGAACAGUA